CCGCAGGCAAACCUGGCCCAAUUGGGUUUAGUAGUUUGAAUUAUGAUACAGCUGAACUUAUAGUCUCGCGUAUGCCACCUCCUACGCGUUGCAAGAGCUAGAGAUAAGCCGCCUCUAGUUGGAGCGACAGAAUGCAAACACGCCGAUUAUCGCCGUCAUGUAGCUCGGCAUGUUCCACGAGCGGUAGACAACAUAAUUCAGGACUAGUCGUGUUGCCUUUGCGACGCAACUCACUUCGUGUGCAUGCCCGAAAGCAGCACGCUGGCGAUGUGAAUUUUCCGCUAGCUGCCCAACAACUACCACCAGAGACCAUAAUUACAGACUAUCCAGAUGAAUUGGAGGAGGAUGGCCUUACUUCUGCAACGCUUGCAUCGACGGAUGAGGUGGAGCUGCUUACCCCGGAGGUGCUGGACUCCGACGAAGGUUCAAUGGAAACAAUUGAUGAAGAGAAUCCAUAUUCACCUGAGGAUGCGCUGAGCUUCCCCGUCGAGGGCCUAGCCGGCGGCGAACCCGCCCUAGAGCAGCUCCUGGCCGAGGGCGGCUCCGACCUCUCGCCCGACCGCAUCGCCUCCAUCUUCCCCUUCCCGCUGGACCCCUUCCAGCGCCGCGCACUAGAGCUCUUCCUGGAGGGGCGCUCCGUGGUGGUCUGUGCGCCCACGGGCGCCGGCAAGACGGCCAUAGCGGAGGCGGCGGCGGCGGCGGCGCUGGCUCGGGGGCAGCGGGUGAUCUACACCACCCCGCUCAAGGCGCUGUCCAACCAAAAGCUCUUCGAGACGCGGCGGCGCUUCGGCCACGCGCGCUGCGGGCUGCAGACGGGCGACGCCAACCUGAACCCGGACGCGGCCAUCGUGGUGAUGACCACCGAGAUCCUGCGCAACAUCAUGUACCGCACCGCGGAGCUGGCGGAGCAGGGCAGCAGCAACUCGGGCAGCCAGUCCACCCGCGAGGCCCGGCUGGGCGAUGUGGGCCUCAUCGUGUUGGACGAGGUACACUACCUGGGCGACCCCAGUCGGGGCAGCGUGUGGGAGGAGGUGAUCAUCAACUGCCCGCGCCACAUCCAGCUGCUGUGCAUGAGCGCAACCGUGCAAAACCCUGGAGACCUGGGGGACUGGAUCGCGAAGGAGCACAUGCCCUGCGAAACCAUCCAAACGCGCUUCCGCCCCGUUCCCCUGCACUGGCACUUCGCAUACUACAAGCAACCCAAGGGCGUGCACAUCGACGACUUGCUCCUCACCUUCCACAGCGGCAAGCAAACACUCAACCCCAAGCUGAGCAACAAAACGGUCCUCGCGGAGGAAGCCCGCAGCAUGUUAGCCCAGGGGGCGCUCACCCCGGGCAGCUUCCCAUCAUACCGGGGGCGUGGAGGUGGCAGGGGUGGCAGGGGCGGCUCCAACCGCUCCUCAUCCUUUUCCUCCUCUUGGUCUCCUUCCGGCUCUCGCUCCUCUCCCACAGCCUCCUUCGCCGCCUCUUCGUCUUCUUUUGAUCCGGAUUGGGGUGCUGGGAUGGGCGAGUGGGAUCUGGAUCGGGAGGUGGAGGCGCUACUGGAAAGGGACCCUCAGGCCCUGCAGCGGCGAGUGAACCUGCGCCGGCUGCCCGACAUGGGUAAGACCAUCGCCGCCCUGGCUCGGGGCAACAUGCUGCCAGCCAUCUGGUUCAUACUGAGCAGGCGCGAGUGCGACUCCAGUGCCCUGCGCGCCGCCUCCUCCGCAUCCGCGGUUCGGCUGACCAGUCCGCAGGAGGCGGCGGCCAUCGCGGCGGAGGUGGCGGCGCUGCGGGCGGAUCAGGCGGAGGCAGUGAGGGAGGAAAUGGUGCCGGCCCUGCUGUCCGGCAUGGCCAGCCAUCACGCGGGGCAGCUGCCGGGGUGGCGGGCGCUGGUGGAGCGGCUGUUCCAGCGGGGGCUGCUGAAGAUCGUGUUUGCGACGGGCACGCUUGCCGCCGGCAUCAACAUGCCCGCCCGCACCACCGUGCUGUCCGGACUGUCGCGCUACACGCCCGAGGGCCCGCAGCUGCUGCCGCACAACGAGCUGCUGCAGAUGGCGGGGCGGGCGGGGCGGCGGGGGUACGACAGCGAGGGGCACUGCGUGGUACUGCAGAACAAGUUCGAGGGCGCGGAGGAGGCGUGGCAGAUCAUCCGCGCCGGCCCCGAGCCGCUGUCCAGCCGCUUCUCAGUGAGCUACGGACUGGUGCUGAACCUCCUGUCCGUGAACAGCCUGGAGCAGGCGCAUGAGUUCGUGAGUCGCUCCUUCGGUAACUACCUGGCAACGGAGGGUCAGGCGCGGCGGGAGGCGGAGGCGGAGGAGCUGGAGGCUGAGGCGCGGGCGCUGGUGGAGGCGUUCAAGAACUCGGCGACAGCCAGGGCCAAGGAGCUCAACGCGAAAGUCAAGGAGGUCAAGGACGAGCUCCGGCGACUGCGAGCGGCCCAACUAACCGCCCAAUGCCAAGCCGCCCAACAACUCCUAACCGACCAACCGUCGCCUCGCAUUGUCGUACUCAACCUAGCAGCCGGCGGCGCCAUCGCCCUAGCGAGCAGCGGCAAUGCCACAGGCGGACUUCCGAAACCGUUGCUCAUGCCCGCGCUGUUGGUUGGUGAAACAGAACCGCCUGCUGAGGUAGUUGCAGCGGCGGCAGCGGGUGGUAACGGUCAUAACGGAAUUGUGAAUGUACGACAAGGCGGUAACCGUACGAUAAUUCCCCCGCCGGGUCCGUACUACAUGUGUUUGUCGGCGGACAACCGGCUGAUGCGUGUGAGCGUGGCGUGUAUUGCGGGGGUGUUGGAGGGGGCGGAGGGGGUGGGGGCCGAGGAGGAUGCGGCGAAGGUUCGGGCGGCGGCGGAGAGAGUGCGCCCCAACGCGUGGAGUAACGUGGAGGCUGGCUCCUGGGCCCUGCAGGCCGCCCUGGGCAGUCCCGCCACCUCCCCAGCCACCCGACCGCUGCAGGCACGACUGCCCUGGAGGUUCGUGGAGGGGGGCAAGGCGUUCGUGGCGCAGAUCGCAGCUCAGCGACGCGAGGUGAAGGCGGCGGUGGUGGAGCUGGAGGAGCAGCGGAGGCUGGCGGCAGGGGGCGGUAACAAGGGGGACGGAUCGCUGGAGAAGAUGGCUCGUGCCAAGCGGCUGCUGAAGCGCGCCGAGAAGUUGCGCCAGGAGGGCAGCGCCAGCAGCCAGCUGGAGAGCACCUGGAAGACAUUCCAGAUGACUAUGGAGAUCCUGAUCGCCACGGAUGCGCUUGAGGUGGGGUCGCUGCGGGUGCUGCCGCUGGGGCUGCUGGCGCGGAAUAUUCAGGGCGGCAAUGAGCUGUGGCUGGCUCUGGCGCUCUCCCACCCCGCCCUGGAGCGCCUGUCCGGCCCCGCACUGGGUGCGCUGCUGGGGGCGCUGCUGAGCCCCGAGGUCAUCAACAAGCCAACCAACCUGUGGGCCGCAUACCCGGUGUCACCAGAAGUUGAGGAGGCGGUAGCGGCCCUGGAGCCCCGCCGUCAGCUGCUGCUGGAGCUGCAGACGGAUGCGGGGCUGACCCGCUGGAACGAUGCACUGCUGGUGGACCUGAGGCUGGCGGGUCUGGUUGAGGCAUGGGCUAGCGGCGCCAGCUGGUCGCAGGUGAUCCGCGACUCGGGGCUGGAUGACGGCGACCUGGCUCGUCUGCUGAUGCGUACCUCGGACCUGCUGCGGCAGCUGCUGCACAGUGCGCACCUGCUGCCGGCGCUGCGGGAGGCGGCGGCGGAGGCGCUGAGGGGCAUCGACCGCAAGCCGGUGGCGGAUCAGACGUUGUAG